UCUCAACUCUCAACCCAACAAAAUUGAAAACUUUCCUCAAAAUAAUUUUUUCGAAAACUCAACAAACUCAAAUUUUGAGAAGUAAAAUUGCUGUUAUUUUGGUGUUCUUUUUGUAAUUAAUUAUUGGUGAUAAAUCAGUAUAAACGGUGAUAAUGUUACUUUAAUCCUGCUGCAAAACGUCGACUCAGUAUCGCUCGAUAUCAAUCGUGUAUUGUAUAGUUUUCAACGACAUUCCUUCGAGCAUCUAAGCUUCCAUCCGUCCAUCGUUUGGCAAGUAAUAUUGAAAUGAAUUUAAAAAAUCCUGAACUAUUUCGUUCGUGGUUAAUACGACAACUCGAGCCGAUCUGUAAAGCGAAUCCCGAACCAGUAUCUAAAUACGUUUGCGCGUUAUUGAAAAAAGAAAAAAGUGAUGGUGAGUUGAAAGAAAGUCUGAUAUCUCAACUAGACAUAUUUCUCGAAUCGAGUACCGAAGAAUUUGUUAAUUUCCUAAUCGACGUGUUGGAAAACGAAAAGUAUCUAAACGAUGACGUCGAAUUCCAACCAUCCGAACCAGUAAACCUGGAGAAAGAUGAGGACGUCAAAUUAGACACAAGUAUCGAAAUCGAGCUAGAACUCGAAGAUGAAAAGAAAGAACAGCGUAAAUCACCUUCACCCAUCCAAGCCCCAACACCAUCGCCACCUCGUCGUUCCCAAUUUCAAAAAUCCUUUUCACCACGACAAUCACGACGUAGCAGAUUUCGUAACGAGAGACGCCGGGUGGGGGGUCGUAGAAGUAGACGAGAUUCGUCUCAUUCCGAUUCGCCCGGACCUGAACGCCGGACUACCGGAAGACGACGGUCAGCUUCCGGAUCUUCGGAAUCGUCUACUAAAUCUCCUCGCAGAUCGUGGAUCGCAUCCAGACCUUCGGAUGUGAAAAAAUACAAACAUCGUAAUUUCGUCGCUCGUUCACCUCCUGCUGGUCAGAGAUCGAGAUCGAAUUCGCCUAAAUUACGAAAACGUAAACCAACCAAUGGUAAUUUUCGUAAAAGACCGCGUCCAGCUUCGCGUUCCAAUUCGGACGAAGAACGAUCGUCGUACAAUGUUUCGCAGCCCAAACGUGUGGCUAAUUAUCAGAAUGAAAUCAAUAGAGAUAUGCACGUAGCUGAAAUACCUGCCAGUGAACCGACAUUUAAUCAGAAACAGCGGUGUAUUGAUUUCGAAAGUAAAGGGUAUUGCGCCCGAGGCGAUAUGUGCCCAUUUGAUCAUGGUCCGGCACCUAUCGUCUUGGAUAACAGUCUACUAAAUGGAAUCGUACCGUUACCACCUCCCGUACAUAAUAACGCGUUCCAAGAUUUAUACCAGCCGCAAUAUGUAAACACCAGUUUCCCUCCGAAACCAUUCAGAACCGAGAAUGCUCCUCAGGUUACCAACAGAGAACUCAUAUCAGUACCUACUACACCGUUACCGCAGAAAUUCGACAAUAAACAGAAAAACCUGCACGCUGGAAAACCAUCGUACGGUCAUAUAUUUAGUUCGUUGCCUCCUGGUGUCAGCCAGACUACUAUCGAGUUAAGUAACGUUCCAGCCGAACUCAAUAAUAUACCUAGCUUAUACGAAAAUUUUUCCUCCUUCGGUAACAUCACAUUAAUUCAAGCUAAACGUAACGGUGACGCUAAUACCGCCUUACUAACCUAUACAAACGCUACCGAGGCAGCUUUAGCUUUCAUCAACGUCGAUAGUACCAUUCCAAAAGCGAAAGUUGCCUGGUACGCUGAUAAAUGUAUUUUGAAACCGUUUCCUCGUAAAUCGAUUCCUGCGAGUGGUCAAACUAACGCUAAAUCGUACGUAUUGAAACGCAAUCCAGCCGCACCCUCUGCUGCUAAUCCUACCGCCAAUGAUAAAACAUCACCGAUUAAACCAACUACUCCGGUUAAACCAACACCGCCGAAAUCGCCAGUCGGUGAACCGAACAAAGUACCCGAAGUUAGAAAGCAAGAUCCUGGUCGGUUACUAUCCGAUUUAAUUAAAAAGAAAAAAGAACUCCUAGAGAAACAGUUAUCAUCUCGAAAAGAAAUCGAAGACAAAAUGAAAUCUCUCGAAAAAACCAGCAAAGAUUACAAAACAUGGUCCGAAGUAUUAAAAAAGCUCAACGACGUUAUAGCCGAAGGUCAGAAAAGCCUCCAGUCUUCGUUAAUACAACGUAAAGAAUAUUUACAAAAAAUGAACAUCGUUCCGAUGGAUUCAGCCACCAUAAACAGUAUGAAAGAACAACAAAACAAACCACCUAAACCAACCACCCCUGUACCAAACCACGCUCCCCCUAAACCGGAAAACGAUUCCGAUAACGUUCUGAACAGCUCGAACGAAUCCGAUCAGGUAGAAGAACCAGUAUUCGAAAUCGACGUCGAUUCGUCCAUUCUGGGUCAAGAAUUGGAAAACGACGAAGAACCAGUGAAACCUAGUCAAGGCGAUGCUAAAUCUGAUAAAGAGACCGAGUCGAAAACACCUCCAGCCAACAUAGACUAUACUCGAGUUGUCAUAACAGGUUUCGAAAACGGCGACGAAGAAGACUUGAUCAAACACUUCGCCCAGUUCGGUACCAUUCUAGAUAAAGAAAUCGAUAAAACAAUACCGCAAACGACGAUAAUCUACGAUAACCGUAAAUCUGCCGAAGAAGCUAAGAAGGAAGGCCGAAACUUCCAAGAUAGGUUACUUUCAGUGACCGUCUACGGUGGUAAGAAAUAUCAACCCUUGGUUAGACGAGUGGCUACGUUUAAACCGCAAUACGAAAAAGAAUUCCCUUCUUAUGCUCCUUACGGUGGUGGCGGUGCUGCGAGUGCACCCAGCGGUAAUCCGUACAAAUAUACUAAGAAUCAGCAACCUCACGCUCCUGUAUCAACACCUGCCCCUCGUCCUGCCAGUCGUAGCGUAUAUUCGUACCGAGCUGAUCAGAAAAGUCGCGGAGGAGCUAAUCAGGUAAGCAAGUCAGCCGAAAAUACUGUUAUGAAGUUGACCGAAGAAGAAGAUUUAGUAACGUUUCUGCAAAAGGGGGGUAUCGAUGCUAAAGAAGUCGAAAAAUACAUGGAUUAAUAUCAUUUUCUCCUUCGUAACCUUUUCUAACGACUAUUUUAUCGUUUCCCUGAUGUUCUUUUUUUUACCCUAUUAUUGCUGUUAAUAUUUAAUAGCUCAUGAUCACGAUGUAUCUAUUAGAUUUUACGAUUUGUUGAAGAAUUGAUUAAAUUAUUUUAUUUAUUGUA